AUGCACCAGGCCGUCGACAACCUCCCGAACGCGUCGCAUGUCGAAAACACAAAGUUCCUCGAUACUCCUGAUCUCUGUCCCGAUGCUGCUGCUCCCAUCUCCCUCCUAGACUUCCUGUCAAACCAUGUCGUCCUCUGCCGCACUGUUCCUCAUUUAUUUGCCUACGACCGCUUGAAUCUCGCCGCAACGAACCGCUCUUUCCGCCACCUUAUCCUCGAUAGCCCCGGCGUAUUCCGCCAUCUCGACCUCACACACGUCCGCGCUGCCCGCUGCGACGUUGACAGUGUCGAUCACGGCAACGAGACCUGGCGCAACGCCCAGCUCAAUGACUUUUUGACCGAAGAUGACUUCUACUCUGGCCCCUUGAGAGGAAUCUUUGCCAGCCUCCAACGCAGUAACCUCCUCGCCGACGUCCAAACCCUCAUCCUCGAUGGCCUCUCCGUGACCUCCGAGCUCUGCCACGAGCUUAUCCUCGAUCCGAAAUACAACAUCCGCGUCCUCUCGCUUCGCGAUACAAAGAACCUCAACGAACGUAAGCUCUGCCGGACCUUGCAAUAUGCCUGCCGUCCUUCGCGGCCCAAGAACACCCCUCGCCUAAAGGCGCUGUACGUCUUCGGGUCCUCGCAACCCGCUCUACACCCGGAGGACACGCAGGAAGAGUGGUACCAAAAGAAGGGCAAGAUCAUCACCCGGCCCAUCGGCGCCGAAUGGGCAGACGCCCUGGUCGACUGCCACGGCAUCAUUGCGUUCGACACCCUGCCCUGCCAGGGCCCGCGCCACAUCAACUCGCCCGCCUACGGCAAGGUGCCGCACCUUCACGCCGCCCCGCCGCCGCCGCCGCCGUCGUCGUCGUCGUCCGGGGCGCGGACCCCCCAAUGGGCGGUCGCCAGCUACGCCCUACCCGGCUGUGCAGGCUGCGGCGCCGCCCCGGAGGGUCUCAUAACCGCGACGAGGACCCCGAGGGCCGAACUGCCCCUCCUCUCCCCGCCGCCCCUGUUCGCAUCUUCGCUCCAAGCCGCGGCGACCCCCAACACGCCGUGCAGCAGCAGCAGCGGCGGCGGCGCGUCAUCGUCAUUCGUGGCCCGUUGCAGCGACUGCAUCCGCGACCGGUACUGUUUCAGUUGCUCUUCCUGGUGGUGCGAGGACUGCUACGCCCCGCCCACGGAACCGUCCCAUCCCACCACCGCACUCUCGCUGGCGCCCUCGGACGUCGUCGUCGUCAACCCGCAAGGCGACGCCUGGGUGCAGCAGCACGAAGAAGAGUCCCGAGCGGCGGCUGCUCGCGCUAAACCCAAGGCGCGGAUGCUCAAGAGUUGCUGGGAAUGCGGCAGCAAUGUGAGUUUUUGCGUCUCCCCUCGUCAUCGUCACCUCGGCAUCGUCGGAACUGCUGCUGAUGGAUGGAUCCCAGUGCCAUGA